UAUUGCUCAUCUUGAGCCGUCUUUGUUUUUGAUUUCUAAGACGCCAUUCUAGCCUGGGUUCCUACCCAUCGCACAUAUCCCUUUUUUGUCAGCAAUCCAUCCAUCCACCUUUUGUCUCCCUCCUCCUUGCAUGCUCACAUACAACCUUGCUACCUACCCCAUUCAUUCGAGUAUUUAAAUAUAUAUACUAUCAAUUCUUCGCCGCCUGGGUUGGUUGUUGAGAUGUGCUUCAAUUCCUUAGCUGUACAAGAAAAUCAAAGCCGUCCUUCUUACCCUGUCAAAAUGCCGUCCAAAAUCACUUCCAGCUACCCUUCUGAUACAGAAGCCGAGUCUGGAUAUGUCAGUGCCAGCACCAGUGAAGCCAGCCUACCAGAACUCGUCUUCACCAAACCACACUUGAAAUUCCUUAAUAAACAGCUUCAAUUCCUAGAACCCCAGGAUAUCCUCCGCUGGUGUAUCACAACGUUACCAGGCCUCUAUCAAACGACUGCAUUCGGCCUAACAGGGCUUGCCACAGUCGACAUGAUUUCCAAACUCAACAUCCCUCUCUCUCAAACGGUCGAUCUCAUCUUCCUUGAUACGCUUCAUCACUUCAAAGAGACACUGGCCCUUGUAGACCGUGUCCGCAAACACUACCCUUCAACAAACAUCCACAUCUACAAGCCACACGGUGCCUCCACUGCUGAGGAAUUCUCACAAAAAUACGGCCCCAAACUCUGGGAAUCGAACGACCAGCUCUACGAUUGGUUAGCCAAAGUCGAGCCAGCCCGGCGAGCCUACAACGAGCUGCAAGUCAACGCCGUGCUCACCGGCCGCAGACGCAGCCAGGGCGGCAAACGGGGUGACCUGGAUAUCAUCGAGGUCGAUGAGGCUGGUCUGAUCAAGAUCAACCCGCUGGCGAACUGGUCCUUUGCACAGGUCAAAGAAUACAUCACGGCAAGUAACGUGCCCUACAAUGAGCUGUUGGAUAGGGGCUAUAAGAGUGUAGGUGACUGGCACUCGACGGAGCCCGUGAAGGAUAAUGAGGAUGAGAGAUCCGGGCGGUGGAAGGGCCAGCAGAAGACUGAGUGUGGGAUUCACAACCCCCUCUCGAAGUAUGCUCAGUUCCUGCGCGAUCAGGAACUUAAGAGGCAGGGGGAGGCUAUUAGCCAGGCGCUUAAGGUGGAGAGAAAUUGAGAGCCCUGCUUCCAACCCUCUUGUUACAAUUUUGAUUUCUUUUUGAUUUUUUUUUUCGUUUUUUUUUUUUUUUCACCUUUCUUUGUCUAGGCUUUUGCAUAUAACGAUACAGGAUAAUACGGCGCUAAUAGGGCGGGGAGGGUCUGUUUCGUUUUGUUUGGAAUGCUUUCGAUACUAUUCCUCUGCUUCUCUUUUCAUGAAAGGCAUACAUACAUACAUACCCCUUGAUAUAUGCUUGUAUAUACAUAGCAAAAUAGAAUAUUAUACUUAAGAGAGGGCUUAUCAGUUGGAUAUAUGGCUUCGACGCGCAUGAAAGAGAAAUUUUACCCGUGCGACUUGAGGUCAAUCGCAUAUUACAACAGGAUUAGCACUCGG